GGCCAUUCGAUCACAAUAAUAUGCUGCGUUCAUGCAUUUUAGAUAAAAGGAGGCCCAGAGUCAUACUCGGAGGCCUCAAGAACCUCCGGAUGUUUUCGACCAAGCAGACAGCGAGCAGAGCCAUCCCAAUCGCUGAGGCUGCGACUCGUUCGAACAAUCUUCCAUACAGAACUUCAAUUUUCAAUAAUUACUAUUGGGUGAGGCAGCAGGUGAGGACGAGCUGAUUAGCAAUGAAGCAGUAUCUUCCUGGAGAACUCCCGUACAUCUUCCACAAGCGAGCGCCCAAAGGAUUCGAAAAGUUCCUCAGAGAUAAGAAAGAGCAGAAGAAAAAGGAUGAGACUCAGAAAGACAAAGACGAUAAAGAAUCUCAAAAAGACAAAGAAAGUGAGUCUGAAGAAGAACACCACGACACUAAGUCAAGCAAGACCUCUGACGACAGGCCUGCGUACAUGCAGUUCCUGUUCAAUCCUAAUAACAAUCCGAAGUGGGAAAAUUGGGGAAUACUGGCGCUGGCACUCUUCGGAGGAAUUUACGCAUACACAUUCUCGAGUCCUGCCAAAGAGCUGGUGUACAUGGAGUUUGUGAAUGACUACCUGACGAAGAACAGAGUGAAGAACAUCACAAUCAUCAAGGACAAAAGGUCUGACGUAUUCAACUACAGAGCAGAUAUUGAGACAAUGGAAGGGGACAAAUUCUACAUUACUCUUGGAUCAGUCGAUAAUUUCUUAGCUAAAAUUGAUUUGAUUCAGAGAGAAAUGGGCAAGACUCCACAAGAGUUUGUUCCACUCAAAUAUUCUAAUGAGAGCGAACAAUCCAGCUCUAAUCUCUUCUUGAAUAUCACAAUUGCAGGGUUAUUCGGGCUCUUCAUGUACCAAAUUUGGAAGGGCCGAACUCCCAAGAAAGGUACUGGUAGAAAGGGAUCUUCCAAUAAUUCAAAAUCAGGAGGAUUCAUGGGCGGAGGCGGCCUUGGAAGCAUGAUGAAUGUCGGUAAAUCUAAUGUGCAAAUCUACGGAAUUGACAAGAAGAUCAAGACUAAAUUUAAGCAUGUAGCUGGACUUGAAAAUGCUAAAAUGGAGAUUAUGGAGUUUGUGGACUUUUUGAAAAAUCCAAAGAAAUAUCAAAAGCUUGGUGCUAAAAUUCCGAGAGGAGCACUUCUCAUAGGUCCUCCAGGAACUGGUAAAACAAUGCUCGCCAAAGCAACAGCUGGUGAAGCAGGAAUCCCAUUUAUGACUAUUUCAGGAUCAGACUUCGUUGAAAUGUUUGUGGGAGUCGGAGCCUCAAGAGUAAGGGACCUCUUCAAGAAGGCUAGAGAAAACUCUCCAUCAAUCAUCUUCAUUGAUGAAAUCGAUGCUGUUGGUAAAAAGAGACAUGGAAAAUUCACAGGAGGAAAUGAUGAAAGAGACAACACUUUAAAUCAGCUUCUUGUAGAGAUGGAUGGUUUCGGAACUGACUCUGCUGUGGUAGUCUUUGCAGCAACAAACAGAAAAGACAUCCUUGAUUCAGCCUUGCUUAGGCCAGGAAGAUUUGAUAGAACUAUUGAAAUCAAUCUUCCAAAUAUAGAAGAAAGAGCUGAAAUUUUCAAAGUUCAUCUCAAAAAGGUCAAAUUGAAUGAAAAAUACGAUAUUAGCGAAUACGCCAAAAAGUUAGCAGCAUUAACUCCUGGAAUGAGCGGAGCAGAUAUUUACAAUGUCGCCAAUGAAGGAGCCAUCCUUGCCGCUAGAGCAAAUCUUGGAGCAAUCACUCUCCUUCAGUUCGAGCAAGCAACAGAAAGAGUAAUUGGAGGUCUUGAGAAAAAGACAGUGAUGAGCGAAACAGAGAGAAGAACUGUAGCUUAUCACGAAUCUGGCCAUGCAGUUGCUGGAUGGUUCUUAGAAAAUUCUAAUCCUCUUUUGAAGAUCACAAUUAUCCCAAGAACUAAAGGAUCUCUUGGAUUUGCUCAAUAUCUACCAGAAGAGCUUUCUUUAUACACCAAAGAGCAACUUUAUGACAUGAUCAAAGUUGCUUUGGGUGGAAGAAUUGCUGAAGAAAUCUUCUUUGGAAGGAUCACAACUGGAGCAUCAGAUGAUCUCAAGAAAGUAACUCAAAUUGCCACAGGAAUCGUAACCACAUACGGAAUGAGUGACAUGGGAUUAGUGAGCUAUCACCAAGAGGAAGGAUACCAAAAACCAUACUCUGAAAAUACUGGCUCAAAGAUUGAUGUUGAAGUUAAAAAUAUAAUUGAUGAAUGCUACAAAAAUACUAAAGUACUUCUUGAGAGUAAGAGAGAACUCAUUGAGAAACUCGCAGAAAGGCUCCUUGACAAAGAAGUAGUUUCACUUCCAGACAUCAUCGAAUGUCUUGGAGAGAGACCAUUCCCCAUGAAAGAAAACCUUAAAGAAUAUCUUGCAGAAAUUAAAGAGAGACAGAAAGAGGAGAAAGAAGAAGCUGCCAAGAAGGAGGAAGAAGGUAAAGAAAGCGAAGAAGGUGAAAAAAGCGAAGAAUCUGAAGAGGAAAGUACUGAGAAUGAGGACUUAAAAGAAGAGAAAUCAAAAUAA